UAGCUGUCUGGGCAGAUGGGGCUGCCCUGGCCUGCCUGGAGAAAACCCUCACUGCCCUUUUCUCUCUUCCAGGAUGCUUUGCUGAGCCUGGGCUCUGUCAUCCACAUCGCGGGCUUCCAGCGGGCUGUCAAGGAGGCCCUUUCAGCUGUGCUCCCCAAAGUGGAGACUGUCUACACCUACCUGCUGGAUGGGGAGUCCCGGCUGGUGUGUGAGGACCCCCCCCACGAGCUGCCCCAGGAGGGGAAAGUCCGAGAGGCUGUGAUCUCCCGGAAGCGGUUGGGCUGCAAUGGACUGGGCCCCUCGGACCUGCCGGGGAAGCCGUUGGCCAGACUGAUGGCCCCACUGGCUCCUGAUACCCAAGUGCUGGUCAUGCCGCUGGUGGACAAGGAGGCUGGGGCUGUGGCAGCCGUCAUCUUGGUGCACUGUGGCCAGCUGAGUGACAGUGAAGAGUGGAGCCUGCAAGCCGUGGAGAAGCAUGCUCUGGUGGCCCUGCGAAGGGUGCAGGCUCUGCAGCCCCGGGGGCCUGGCGCCGCCUCGGCAGCAGUCCGGAACCCCCCGGCGGGGGUGGCGAACCCCCCGGCGGGGGUGGCGGGAGACCAGAAGGGCGGUGUGGCUCACACCGACCAGGACCAAAAGAUCCUGCAGCUGUGCGGGGAACUCUACGACCUGGAUGCCUCGUCCCUCCAGCUCAAAGUCCUCCAAUACCUGCAGCAGGAGACCCAGGCAUCCCGCUGCUGCCUCCUGCUGGUGUCCGAGGAUAACCUCCAGCUUUCCUGCAAGGUCAUCGGAGAUAAAGUGCUGGAGGAAGAAACCAGCUUUCCGUUGACGACAGGACGCCUGGGCCAGGUGGUGGAAGAUAAGAAGUCUAUCCAGCUGAAGGAUCUCACCUCUGAGGAUGUACAACAGCUGCAAAGCAUGUUGGGCUGUGAGCUGCAGGCGAUGCUCUGCGUUCCUGUCAUCAGCCGGGCCACUGACCAGGUGGUGGCCUUGGCCUGCGCCUUCAACAAGCUCGGAGGAGACUUGUUCACGGACCAGGAUGAGCAUGUGAUCCAGCACUGCUUCCACUACACUAGCACGGUGCUCACCAGCACCCUGGCCUUCCAGAAAGAGCAAAAGCUCAAGUGUGAGUGCCAGGCUCUUCUCCAAGUGGCAAAGAACCUCUUCACUCACCUGGAUGAUGUCUCUGUCCUGCUCCAGGAGAUCAUCACAGAGGCCAGAAACCUCAGCAAUGCUGAGAUCUGCUCCGUGUUCCUGCUGGAUCAGAAUGAGCUGGUGGCCAAGGUGUUCGACGGGGGCGUGGUGGAUGACGAGAGCUACGAGAUCCGCAUCCCGGCUGACCAGGGCAUUGCGGGCCACGUGGCAACCACCGGCCAGAUCCUGAACAUCCCGGACGCGUACGCGCAUCCGCUUUUCUACCGUGGUGUGGACGACAGCACCGGCUUCCGCACGCGCAACAUCCUCUGCUUCCCCAUCAAGAACGAGAACCAGGAGGUCAUCGGUGUGGCCGAGCUGGUGAACAAGAUUAACGGACCAUGGUUCAGCAAGUUCGACGAGGACUUGGCAACCGCCUUCUCCAUCUACUGUGGCAUCAGCAUAGCCCAUUCCCUCCUAUACAAGAAAGUGAAUGAGGCCCAGUAUCGCAGCCACCUAGCCAACGAGAUGAUGAUGUACCACAUGAAGGUCUCUGAUGAUGAAUACACCAAACUUCUCCAUGAUGGGAUCCAGCCUGUGGCUGCCAUUGACUCCAACUUUGCCAGUUUCACCUAUACCCCUCGCUCUCUGCCCGAGGAUGACACUUCCAUGGCCAUCCUGAGCAUGCUGCAGGACAUGAAUUUCAUCAAUAACUACAAAAUUGACUGCCCAACUCUGGCCCGGUUCUGUUUGAUGGUGAAGAAGGGCUAUCGGGAUCCCCCCUACCACAACUGGAUGCAUGCCUUUUCUGUCUCCCACUUCUGCUACCUGCUCUACAAGAAUCUGGAGCUUACCAACUACCUCGAGGACAUCGAGAUCUUCGCCUUGUUUAUUUCCUGCAUGUGUCAUGACCUGGACCACAGAGGCACAAACAAUUCCUUCCAGGUGGCCUCGAAAUCUGUGCUGGCUGCUCUCUACAGCUCCGAGGGCUCUGUCAUGGAGAGGCACCACUUCGCUCAGGCCAUCGCCAUCCUCAACACCCAUGGUUGCAACAUCUUUGACCACUUCUCCCGGAAGGACUAUCAGCGUAUGCUGGACCUGAUGCGGGACAUCAUCUUGGCCACCGAUCUGGCCCACCACCUCCGCAUCUUCAAGGACCUCCAGAAGAUGGCCGAAGUGGGUUAUGACCGAACGAACAAGCAACACCAUAGCCUCCUCCUCUGCCUCCUUAUGACCUCCUGUGACCUCUCUGACCAGACCAAGGGCUGGAAGACUACGAGGAAGAUCGCAGAGCUGAUCUACAAAGAGUUCUUCUCCCAGGGAGACUUGGAGAAAGCCAUGGGCAACAGACCGAUGGAGAUGAUGGACCGGGAGAAGGCCUACAUCCCUGAGCUGCAGAUCAGCUUUAUGGAGCAUAUCGCGAUGCCUAUUUACAAGCUGCUGCAGGACCUGUUCCCCAAGGCUGCAGAGCUAUAUGAACGUGUGGCCUCUAACCGUGAGCACUGGACCAAAGUGUCUCACAAAUUCACCAUCCGCGGCCUCCCGAGCAACAACUCGCUGGACUUCCUGGAUGAGGAGUACGAGGUGCCUCAGCUGGAUGGCACUGGGGCCCCUGUCAAUGGCUGUUUCAGCCUUGAUGCUGAGUGAGCCCCCCCCCCCCCAGGACCCUUCCCUGCCCAGGCCUCCUCUC